UCAUAGGGGCGGCAGUUUUUGUACCUAAAUAAUUAUUAAAAAUUAUAAUAAUAUAAAAUUUAUAAUUUUGUAAUUUGUUCUAAAGUAAUGUUAGCCGCUAGGUACCUAACAAAAUAUGAAGCAAUUUUAAAAUAAUAUGUAAUUUACAUAAAUCGUUUACACAUACGAAAUUGAUCGCUAAACAAUCUCAGGUUUGUUAAAUGUUAUGUUAUAAAUACAGACUACCUAUGGGCUAUGAAAACAUAAAUCUAUUAUUAUUUAUUACGUUGGAUGCCCGAUGCGGGAUGGCAAGAACAUUGAUAACGUAGACGGGUCCUCGUACCGGCUUAUCUGUGUUUAUUAUGUAUUCUAAAAAUAGUUGUUUCUUUGAUUGUCCGUUCUUCGUAUUGAAAAUAUUUGAUCAUUCCUGGUUUCAUAUUGCAUAACCGUCGUCUGUCAUUCGUCUGUUAUAAGAUAUGAUAAGAUUUUCUUAUAAUCUCUGUGUUUGAGUUUUAACUUUUAAAUUUUAAGUACAUAAGUUCAUUGUAUAUUGUUAUUUGUUCGUACGUCGUACCUAAACUAAGUCUUAGGUAUCUUUACAUUUGAACUUUGAAUUAUGGACGGUCGAAAAAGGCUAAGUGGUGCUAAGUAUAAAAAAAAUGCACUAAUAAAAAAACAGAAACAUACUGUUCUUUUAAACAGUUGCAUGAAAAUUCAAGAGAUGUUUAAAUCUUCAACAUUAACAACUGAAGUGAUGAACACAAAUGUUGCAAACGAACCUUGUUCUAUUGAUAUAAUUAAUGUUUCUCCCAAUGAAGAUGACAGUUUACUAGACCAUGUACCAGUUAUUGAAUUGACGAAAAGAAAUAUUGUGGACAACUUUUGUUCUAUGGAAACAACUAAUGUUUCACUCAAUACCAUUGACUGUUUACCUGACCAUGUACCAGUUAUUGAAUUGAUGGAAAAAAAUAUUGCGGAUAACUCUUGUUCCAUGGAAACAAUUACCGUUGACAGUUUAUCAGAAUACUCCCCAGCUAUUGAAAUUGACUUAGUCGACACCAGUCUCAAUUUGUCAACUCUUAACAAAACAAAUGACCAACAAACUGAUUCAAUUUCAGAGUGCGAUAAUAGGAGUAUUUAUUAUCCCGGAUCUGAUCCAGCCAUGUGGGAAAUAGAUGAUACUUUAAGAGAUUUUGUAUCUCGUUAUGGUUUUACUCAAGAUCUGAAAAAUCUAAAUAUUUCCAAUUCUAAAAGGCCAUACACAAAACGUGUAAAAGGAGUUGAUAAAACUUUCUUCAGAUACUUUAACAAAAAUUGUCUUCAAACAACUCUACAAAAUGGAGAAAAUAUAGCACGUAGUUACUUAGUCUAUUCGGAAAGCAAAGAUGCUCUUUUUUGUUAUCCUUGUAUGCUAUUUGGUGGAGUAACUAAUUUUGCAACAACUGGAUUUUCGGUAUGGAAAAAAACUGAAGAACGAAUAACGGAACAUAGUAAUUCAUUAAAGCAUAGAAACUGUAUGAUUAAAUUUAAAAACCAUAGCAAGAGUUAA